AUGAAGCAACAAGCACACUUGGAUGGAGACAUGAUGAUUGCUGGGUUUUUACCUCUCUACACUUUGGAAAUGAAGCAACGUAACAACGAUGCUUCCAGACAAGAAAAGAACAAGCUGUAUGUCUUCAAGAACUAUCAAUUUGUUUUGGCCUUGGCUUUUGCUGUUGAGGAGAUCAACCAACACCCUGAUUUUUUACAUAAUUUGACUCUGGGAUUUGAUAUUUAUGAUGUUCACUUUGGUGUUUGGAGAAUAUUUCAGGAUCCCUUCAUCUGGCUUUUUGGGAAGUACACAAUUCCAAACUACUCUUGUAUGAGAGACCAGAAGUCUAUAGCAGCACUUACAGGACCAUCAGGAAUAAUAUCCGCCCGGAUUGCAACAUUGCUGCAAGUCUACAGAUUUCCACAGCUUACCUUUGGACCAUUUGAUCAUGCUCUGAGUGACCAUGACAAGUUCCCUGCACUCUAUCAGACAGCCCCAAAGGACACAUCAAUAGCCAAUGCCAUGGUCUCCUUACUGCUUCAUUUUACCUGGACCUGGGUGGGACUAUUGACCACACAAAAUGAGAACGGAUUGUGGGUUCUUCCUAAAUUGAAAGAAGAGAUGACCAAGAACAGAGUUUGUGUAGCCUAUGACCUACUGAUCUCUAGCCAUGAUGUGCCACAUUUACUCAAAUUGACAGAAGUUUAUAACAUGAUAAACAAAUAUUCAGCAAAUAUCCUCAUCAUAAAUGGUGACAAUGAGUCACUACUAUAUGUAAUAAUGCAUACUGAACAUCUUGUGAUUAAUGGCAAAAUUUGUAUUAUAAACUCACAGUGGGAUUUAUCCAUGAGAAAAAGAUAUUUCAUGCUAGGCUCACUGCAUGUACCUUUUAUUUUCAGACAACAUCAUGCAGAUGUUUCUGGGUUCACAGAUUUUGUCAAGGCAGUGAACCCUUCCAAAUACCCGGAAGACUAUUUCCUUGCUAGGCUGUGGUUUCUCUCUUUUAAUUGCUCAGAUUCUGAGUCUGACUGUGUAACAUGGGACAAAUGUCCUCAUGAUGCCUCCUUGGAUUUGUUGCCUCGGUACAUUUUUGACAUGACUAUGACUUCAGACAUGUACAAUAUAUACAACACUGUAUAUGCUGUGGCCCAAGCUCUCCAUGAGCUGCUUAUUUAUCAAACACAAAUUGAAACAAUGGGAAAAGGAAAGGGAACAGUGCCUUCCCAUGCCCAGCUGCACCCUUUUCUGAAGAACAUCCAAUUUUACAAUCCUAUGGGAGAUCAAGUGAUUUUGAAUGAGAAAAAGAAAAUGGAGAUUGAAUAUGACAUUCUGAAUAUUUGGAAUUUUCCAGAAGGUCUUAUACUUGAGGUGAAAGUGGGAAAUUUUUCUCCAUAUUCUCUACAUGGUAAUCAACUGUCAUUAUCCGAAGAUAUAUUAGAGUGGGACAUAGGAACUACAGAGACUCCUCAGUCUGUCUGCAGUCAAAGUUGUGGUCCUGGAUUCAGAAAAUCUCCUCAGGAGGGAAAGGCUGCCUGUUGCUUUGAUUGUACCUCUUGCCCCAAAAAUGAGAUUGCUAAUGAGACAGAUAUGGAGCACUGUGUGAAGUGUUCAGAUCAUCAGUAUGCCAACACAGAGAAAAAUCAGUGCCUAGUGAGGGCUGAAGGUUUCCUGGCUUUUGAGGAUCCCUUGGGCAUGGCUCUGGCCUGCAUGGCUCUUUGCUUCUCUACGCUGACUGCUGCCGUUCUUGGGAUGUUUGUGAAACAUCAAGACACUACCAUUGUCAAGGCCAAUAACAGGACUCUCAGCUACAUCUUGCUCAUCUCCCUCAUCUUCUGUUUCCUCUCUUCCUUGCUCUUUAUUGGCCGACCCAACAUGGCCACCUGCAUCCUGCAGCAGGUGUCAUUUGGGGUUGUGUUCACUGUGGCUGUUUCCACAGUGUUGGCCAAAACGGUAACUGUGGUCCUGGCCUUCAAGGCCACUUCUCCAGGGAGAAUAAUGAGGUGGAUGCUGGUAUCAGGGGCUCCUAACUUCAUCAUCCCCACCUGCACCCUCAUCCAGGUGACUCUCUGUGGACUCUGGAUUGGAACCUCACCUCCCUUCAUUGACACAGACAUAUACUCUGAACGUGGCCACAUCAUCAUCUUGUGCAACAAGGGCUCCCUCAUUGCCUUCUACUGUGUCCUGGGAUACCUGGGCUCCCUGGCCCUGGUCAGCUUCACUGUGGCUUUUCUGGCCAGGAACCUUCCUGACACCUUCAAUGAAGCCAAGUUCCUGACCUUCAGCAUGCUGGUGUUCUGCAGUGUGUGGGUCACCUUCCUGCCUGUCUACCACAGUGCCAAGGGGAAGGUCAUGGUGGCUGUGGAGGUCUUAUCCAUUUUAGCCUCUGGUGCAGGGCUCCUUGGAUGCAUUUUUGCCCCAAAGUGCUACAACAUCUUGUUAAUGACCAAUAAAAAUUCUCUGAAUGGCUUUAAAGAUAGAAGACAUAGUAGGUUUGUAUUAUGGAAAUUUCACUUCAACGAGUUCAUCUUCAAGAAAUAUCAGUUUGUUUUGGCCUUUGCUUUUGCUAUUGAGGAGGUCAACAAAAAGCCUAAUCUUGGGCUGGGGAUAUAG